GACGCAACGUCGUUCAGUGCGGUUUUGGAGUUCGUAGUCUCUGGUCGUGAUCGUGCCGUUGUCGGAAAACCAAUCCCCCAAACUCCGAGCAAUUCGUUCAAUAGCGUGUGUGUGAGUGUUUUAGUUAUUGUGUGAAUGCGAAUAAACGUGUGUUAGUAUUAGCCUUUGAUUGGAUUCAAUCAACUCGCAGUGAAUUGUGCGCAAAGUGCAAGGAUCCUCAACCGAUAUUGCCAAAGAAAAGCAAGAGCAUAACCUCAGCUCCAUUUGGAGUUUCAGUUAGCAGCCAUGCUGACAACAACGAAGGAUAAAUCAUCGCUGCUGCAUGUCGCCUUAUUGGCCGCAUUAAGCUCACUGCAGCUUCAUUGUCAUGCCGCCUACCCAUACUAUGGCACAAAGAUCGGCGCACUUACACGACUUCACCAUGGCGUUUCCGGUGACGUUUAUGCCGUCGACUCGCGUACGAUUUUCAUAAAGAAAUUUAAUUACGAUGGCGAAGCUCCAGCUGCCUACUUCUAUGUCGGCAACACAGCACGUCCCAGCAACGAAGGCGCUGCUCGCCUUAGAGACGAAAAGGGCGGAACCGCUGCAUUGACGCGCCGUUAUCGCAACAAGGACAUUACUCUAUCGCUGCCUGAAGGCAAGACGCUUCGUGACGUCAAGUGGUUUUCGGUGUGGUGCGAUGAGUUUGCAGUCAAUUUCGGAGAUGUGGCUAUACCAAACAGCCUGGACUUUCCACGCCCGCAAAAAAUAAGCGCCCUGAGAGGUGUUCAUGGCGUUUCCUCUGACAACAUUGUCAUCGUGGAUGCCCAGACUCUAUUGGUUCCAAACUUUAGCUACGAUGGUGAAGCACCAGAUGCUAAGUUCUGGGUAGGUCGUGGUCAGCGUCCGACAUCAGAUGGCCUAAGAAUACCGGACGAGAACGGUAAGGAGAAUCCGUUGCGUCGCUACGACCGGAAGACAAUUGUAUUAACGCUUCCCGAAGAUUUGACCAUCUUUGAUAUCGGUCAUUUUGGUGUCUGGUGUGAGGCAUUCACCGUUGACUUCGGUCAUGUGCGUCUGCCUGAAGGUCUCAAUGUGCCGCCCUCGCUAAAAAUGCUGGGCAUAAGUCCACAGUCGAAGCUAAACUGUGAGGUGCUUUAUGAUGAUCUGGCUUUUGAAGUACGCUGGGCCGUGGCCGGUGAGAGCAUCGUCGUGCAAUUGGUUGCUAAAUUGGAUCCCAACAAUUACAUGUCCUUUGGCAUUUCACCCAAUAAAAAUAUAAGUCAAAUGAUUGGCGCCGACGUUGCAGUGGCCUGGGUUGAUCCUGAAACUGGCAACGGCUUUGCUCAGGAUUAUUAUCUGGAAGGAAAGGCACAAUGCUCAGGUGGACGCGGUGCCUGCCCAGAUGUCAAAAUUUUACCAAACACAAACUCUAUUCGGUUGCUUAAUGCUGCUAUGGUAAAUGGCUACUCAAUUGUUACCUAUCAGCGUUCGCUUGCUGCCACGGAUAGUCUGGACUUGCCCAUCUCAGUGACUGAUGCGGAAUCCGCUGUCUGGGCCAUUGGACCACUGAAUGACUACAGAGAGGUCUCCUUCCAUACCUACUACAACAAGCAUUUACAUCAUAUUGAAUUUGGUCGUCAACCUAAAUGGAAUUGUCCUUUGCCUGAGGGAGCCAAGUCGGGCAUCAAUUCCGCCGAACAGGAGGAUGAAGUCACCCAAAUUCCCCACAGCUUCGCUGGUGGUGCUGGAUAUCCUCCCGCCGGCCGUCCCUUGAACGUUGAGCCCGACGAGGAGUUUUAUGAGAAUCGAGCCCAAGCACUUCAUCGCACAACUCCCGUACAUGCUCCACAAAAACAGCAGGUGGCCGCGCUAUCCACACAACAUCGCUCAGUGCCUACGCCCAGGCCGGUCAACAGUAAGGAUGCCUGGGAUAUUCCUGCUAUUCAGUGCCACGAACCCGAAGAUGGCGUCUUCUACGCCCAAAUGGGUCCAACAGGAGGCAAGCAUGGCUAUCCGGCAAUAACAGGUCACGUUGGGUGGGGCAUCUCGUGGUACAUUAAUGGUUUGCUCAUUCCCGAGCUCCAUGUAGUGAGAGGCAGGACUUAUACAUUCGUGGUGGAAGGCGGCAAUAAUCCUGACAUACCCGCCAAGUAUCAUCCAUUCUACAUCAGUGACGAUCCUGUUGGAGGUUACGAGCAUAAGCGAGAGGAAGAAAAAAAGGCCGUUCGCAUCUUUGCUGGUGUACAUAGAUCCAGAUCCGGACAGGUCACCCCCACCGGAGUGGGUCGUCUGUGCAACUGGACUCCUGAUGUGGAAGGACCACCAGCUGAUGAUUAUCAAUCAUUUGGCGCGUACCAGCGUACACUUACACUAAAAUGCGAUGCAGGAGAACCAGGCGUGAUCAGCUGGAAGCCGGAUAAAAAUACGCCGGACACCGUUUACUAUCACUGUUUUACGCAUCGCUAUCUGGGCUGGAAGAUUCAUGUGCACGACUCGUGCAAUGGCAUUAGUGGUGGUGAUGGUAUAGGUGCUGCUUCAGAUCGGUACGAGACACGUGAACCGGCGCCCAUCCGAGAAGACUACACCGCCGAGUCAUCGAUACGUCACGAAACCAAGGUCAGCCCCAACGAUAAUUUUUUAUUGAAGCACCAAACCGAUUUGAUUAAGAAUCACAAUAUGAACGGAACACCGCCUAAACUGAGUUUUGAAAUAACAAAAUCUUCGGAAAUAACCAAAUUGAUUUCAGAUGGCAUCCGCGCUGCUGAAGCUCUCGAGGAGAGCCUACUAAGGAACCAGUCCAUCGCCUCUGAAGCCGCUGAACCACCGACUCACAAUAACGAUAAAAGCGGCACUAACAACAACGGUGACAUUAGUAACAACAAUGUCGCUACAAGAAUACCAUCUAUACCAUUGCUGGCACAAACCAGACCCGAGAUUUUACAUGGUGAAACUCAAACUCAUUCGUUGAAAUCAUCAUCAUCUCAAACAUCCCCAUCUUCGUUAUCGGUCCAUCCAAAACUGCCCAUCUUUGCUGCUCCACAUUCACCGUCUGUUAUUGUCAACUCCCAUUUGCAUCAACGUCUCAAAUAUCCGUAUAUGCACCAUGCAAAUUUUCCACUGCCUCAUGCAUACGCACAUGCACAUCAUCACCAUCACAAUACCCAUUUGACCAUACACCAUCACAAUCUUACCAGUAAUAUUCCAGCCCUGGCACAGAAAACUAUUAGCCUCUCGGAGUAUCUUCGUCCUCCUCAAAACGCACCGCUGUUCCACCCCGUUAAGCUACCGGGACGUCGACCAUAUCCUGGACCCCUUAAGAAGGUGCCCGCCUCCCGCCCUCUGCCGGGGCCAGGGUCAGGCACUGGCACCGUGCCGGUGCUAUCACAGCAGCAUUCUCCAAUAGGUGGCAUUCUUCCGCAGUCAUCGGUAAUUGUCAAUCAUUAUCAUAAGCCAGUGCAUGGACUGCUGAAGCCCUUCCUCAAAGAAAAACAUUUCCCCAUACAACCGAUAGCCGCUUCAGUGCUUCUGUUGGGUCAGCCCACCGAGCUUAACGGAAAAGGUCAGCGCAUUAAAGAAGCCAUAGAUCGUUUUAAUGUUAAGGCAAAACCCAUUGUUCCCGUCCCAGUCGCAGUCCCAUAUGUUGACCUCGAACCACAGGGAUCUCAUAAGAGUACUUCCUUCUUUAAUGUAAAUGGCAAAGUGGACCAGAAGCCACUCUUAACAAUGAGCAACACAACCACGAUAACAAUACCACUUAUCAAACACCAAAUACCGGAUGAGCCAUCACCUCAACAAAUUGCCAGCAUGCGCCCAGCAAUCAAUCAGGGCUUUAAACCAGACUCAGUCGUCGUAGAGAGUGGAUUUCGUCCAAUCGUACGCAACGAUGGCACCGGAGUGCAGUUACCGCAAGAGCUGAUCGAACAGGUGGCCCAUAGGCGCGAAGAUCCUGGCACUGAAAUCGAUGAGGUCAUGGAAACAGAUACACUUUUCCUUACCACCCAGCAAGGUGGCAGUGAGUCUCAGAGCUUUGAGCCUAUUUUUAUACCAUCGCCACUUGACAGCACCAAUGCCACCCGAUUGACUACUUCCAAUAUGCCACAAGCAGUUGUUGAUCCAGUUGCUUCUGCAUCGCCUUUAAAAUUACCCUCCUCGGCACUGACUCACUCACUGCCAUCGGCGGCUCAAUUGCGUAAACCUUCUCUAGAAGAGCUCUUUCAAGAGAAUAGUGAUGAUGAGGAGACCCUAACUGAUGCCGCGGACCAAAUGGAAGACGUACUACAAGCUACUAACCCGCCAUUUGUGGUUUCAAAGGAGCAAAACUCGGUUGAAUUAUUCGACGCACAUUCAGACUACGACGAUUUGGCCAACCUUUUCGCUACCGAGGAAGAAGAGAACCAGCAAGCGCAUGCACAGGCACAAGAUUCAUUAGCUGACGAUAAUGAAACUGAAACAGAUGACAAGAUAGCGCAAGCUGCUGAACGCAUUGACACAUACUAUUUACCACCAGAUAAUCGAAAGAUCCCGCAUGCCAGCAUCCCCAGUGGGGCUGUGUACACUUUCGAUGGCAAGUCUGUGGUGGACAGCACUCUUGUUUUGCCACCCAAACUGGAUGCACCUGACGUAAGUCUAUCACGGCACACAGACUACGGACUUACAGCAUCAGAGAAACUUGUUCGCACCACCCCUCAACUUGGUGUUUAUCGUGGAGAAUUACCAGAGGACUUCCUUUCAACAUUGCAGCCGGUGGGCCAGCCAGUGACGGACCGCACAAACGAUCAUAGGGUUGCCUUUGGUGCAAGCAGUACUUCUGUGCUUCCUGGUGCAGAUAGCCCAUAUGAAACCCAAUCGCCCUCAUCACCACCAUUAACAUCAUCACUUCGACCCAUAUCAACCAAGUUGCACUUACUUAAGCCCGAUAUUAACAAGAAUAGCACGUAGAGUUGGGCAUACAGGUGUAAAAUAGUUUAAUUCAUUGAUUAGGUAAGCAUUCUUAACUGCAAGCAGUUACCAUUUGAAUUUAUACUCAUAACCAUUCAACAUACAUAAAUAUACAAUAAUCAAUCC